UUAAAAAUUAUGAAAAGAAAACUUCAGCUACCAAUGAUCCUCCAUUUCCUGCUUUGCAAAUUGCUUUGUGUUUUGUUUAAACCCCCUCUCUCACUCCUUGAUCACGUCUUUGCACGUUCUUUUGAAUUCUUCCUCUUCUUCUUCCUUGGUUUCAAAUUCUGCCGUGUUUGGUGAAUUUCAUCCAUGAUUCGCGCGGAUUCAUUUUUCCGGCAGGUGGGUCUGUUUGUUUCUCGGUAAAAUCACGAGGAAAAGGUGGGAGUCAUGUGUCGGUGACCAAAAAGUCGGUUCUCAGGCAGUUCUUGAAUUGGGGUCGAAGAAAUAGGUGGACAGCUGUCUCUGUCCUUCAAAUACAGAAUGGGUUGGCUGUUGCUGAUCUGUAGGUAGGCAGAGUUACUAAAUACAGAAUCUGUGACGGAAAAAACAAAAAGAAAUUUGAUAAAAGGGUUAAACUCCGGUUUUGAGAAAUUUGUUGUUCUUGAUGGAUUGAAAUGGCUGGCACUGAGCCGUCACCACAUUGUAGUGAAUUAGAUGGGUCUGCCAUGGGAGAUGAGGAUCCAGGAACUUCAGGUAAUUCGGGUCAAGCCAAGGCUGGGAAGCCUCCUAGAAACCUCUCCAUUAUCCGGCAUAGCAUGAGCCAAGCAAUGCUGGCUGAUCAAUUGGUAUCACCUAUUGGUGUUUUAAAGUCACCUUCAGAGGAGAAGUCUGUGUUUCUACCCAUCUUUCGUUCAGGAAGCUGUUCUGAGAUAGGUCCAAAACUAUUUAUGGAAGAUGAGUACAUCUGUGUGGAUAAUCUUCGGGAACAUAUUGGUGCAGCUUCAGAUUUCCCUUCCCCAGCAGCAUUUUAUGGGGUAUUUGAUGGACAUGGUGGGGUAGAUGCUGCAUCAUUCACUAAGAAGAACCUUCUUAAUUUUAUUGUUGAGGAUUCUCAUUUCCCAGGUGGGCUAAAAAAAUCCAUUAGGAAUGCUUUUGUCAAAGCUGAUCAUGCAUUAGCUGAUUCAAAAUCUCUUGAUAGAUCCUCUGGCACCACAGCUCUGACUGCCCUUAUAUUAGGACGGACUAUGCUGAUUGCUAAUGCUGGGGAUUCUCGAGCUGUGAUGGGAAAACGAGGAAGAGCAAUCGAACUGUCCAAAGACCACAAACCAAACUGCACAUCUGAAAGACUCAGAAUCGAGAAACUAGGUGGUGUUGUCUAUGACGGCUAUCUCAAUGGACAACUAUCAGUGGCACGCGCUCUGGGGGACUGGCACUUGAAGGGCCCGAAAGGUGCACUCUACCCCUUAAGCUCUGAGCCAGAGUUAGAGCAGAUUGUCCUGACAGAAGAAGACGAGUUCUUGAUAAUGGGCUGUGACGGCCUCUGGGACGUGAUGAGCAGCCAGUAUGCAGUAACGAUUGUCAGGAAGGAGCUGAUGCUGCACAACGAUCCAGAGAAGUGCUCGAGAGUGCUCGUCCGGGAAGCUCUGAAGCGCAACACCUGCGACAACCUCACAGUUCUCGUGGUUUGCUUCUCCCAGGAUCCUCCCCCUCCAAUCGAGGUACCUAAAUUCCAUAGGAGGAGGAGCAUAUCAGCUGAAGGACUCGAUAUGUUAAAGGGUGUCUUGGGCAGUGUCUAGACAACAACCGUCUUAACGGCUAUAUAUUAUGUACAGACCAAAAUGGAGCUCACAUGUUUCGUUUUCUUCUUUCCGGAGUUUCCCACUUUUUGCUGAUUCUUUAAGUGAUAGUCUUGAUUCUUGAAGGUCUGAUUUUUCCCAUAUCAGUUUUAGCUUUCAGGUCUCAUUGUUUCUCUUUUAGCUACAGAGUUGGAAAGUUGUGCAAUUGUGCUGUCACGAAUCUUAGGUGACCAAUAAUGAGAUGCAUGGAUGGUUUCAUGACAUUGAAAUCACAGCCUAAUUGUUCAUACUUUUUUGGUAUU